AUGGCGUCUACUCUGAGUCCUGUGACAGAAGAAAGCAGGCCGGCGUUUUCCAUCGAGAGGAUUUUGGGUUUGGAGCUGGUAAGACCUGGAAACUGCCUGAAUCUCCAUCGACCCUGGACAGAGGUCGGAGCAGAGAAAGAGAACAAAAGGAACAGUUUCUGCUCUAAACAACAACAACAACAGCAACAUCAUAAACAACAACAACAUCAUCAUCAUCAUCCUCAGCAGCUGAACUCGACCAGGCCGACAUCCAGCUGGUAUAUCGGACGCAGACCACGCACUGCCUUCACCAACAGCCAGGUGAAUGUGUUGGAGACGGUGUUUCAUGUGAACUGUUAUCCAGGUAUUCAGCUGAGGGAGCAGCUAGCAGGGAAACUCGACCUGGACGAGGACCGAAUACAGAUCUGGUUUCAGAACCGUCGGGCCAAGCUGAGACGUUCCCUGAGAGAAACCCGACUGCGGCUGGUUCAGACAGCCGUAGCCGACCUCGGGGUCAAAGACGAGGUCAUAGGUCAACUGAAGGCCAACAGGGACGUGCAAAGUGAGCUUGAGUUUGCUCAGCGGCUCGCCUCUCGUCUUCAGCUUGAGGUUGAUGAAGAGGAGGACUGA